CUGUCGGGCCGGGUGCUGUCGGGACCGGUGGGCAGGGUCGGCCUGGGAGCUCAGGAAGCCGAGAUCCUGCGCAUGCUGCUGGCCAACCGCGGUUCCACGGUGACCCGCGACGCCCUGUUCUACGCGAUCUGGGGACGGCCGCCUGAUCGGCGCAGCCGCGCCGUGGACAUGCACGUCACCGCGUUGCGGCGCCACCUUGCAGCGGUGGCGGAGCCAGCGGAAACCACCCGGCCCACGGCCGGGCGGCUGAUUGCCACGGUACGCGGUCGGGGCUACCGCCUCGACUAG